GCGAUACGCUCUCGCUCGCGUCGCGUGCUCGUGUACUGCUCGUGCGUCCGCUGUCCUCUCGCUUACGACAGUUCGUACUCUCUCUUGGCCGAUUGAAAAUAAUUCGUUCAGGAAGCCCCCUUUCGACGGCCGCGCACGGGUCAAUUCGCACGCGAAAACGGUCGCAUAAAUGCAUCUCUCUUGAUAACCGGGCGGGCGCAGCCGACCGAGAAGAUGUCGAGCGAGAAUGACAGCGAGAUGGAUUGCUCGGACUCCGACUGCGGGGAUCCGGGCUAUGAGGACUAUUAUAACAUCCAGCCAUGGGGAGGUGACGUGGAUAACGACGUAGACCCGGAGCAAAACAGGAGAGAUCCUGAGUAUGCGGUGUACGAUUGUUUACGAGUCGAACAAGUGGAACGGCUUCUGAAUGAGAGUGUAGAGGUGUUAAGUACUAGCCUUCAUGUCACGCCAUCCCUAGCCAAAGUGUUGCUGCACGCACACAACUGGGCGUCACAGGAUAUCGCCACCAAGUACCGUACCAAUGCUUCCACUUUAUUAAUAAAUUCAAAGAUUAAGCCUACCCCGGAACAAGUGCCAGGAACAAAGAGUCAGCGGGGCGGCGUAUGUUUGGUUUGCGUCAUGGUUUGUCCCGCAGACAAAUUUGCUACACUCACGUGUGGACAUUCGUUUUGCAAAGACUGUUGGUGUAUGCAUUUUGAAGUACAAAUAACUCAAGGUAUAUCCACUGGUAUAAGCUGCAUGGCACAAGAUUGCGAUGUUCUAGCUCCAGAGGAUUUUGUCCUUUCCCUACUUACUAAGCCUAACAUGAGAGAAAGGUAUCAGCAGUUUGCCUUCUGUGAUUAUGUCAAGUCUCAUCCACAACUUCGAUUUUGCCCUGGUCCAAAUUGCCAAAUUGUUUUGCGCUCCAAGGAACAACGAGCAAAGAGAGUUAAAUGUUCAUCGUGUAAAACUGUAUUCUGCUUCCGAUGUGGUAUGGAUUACCAUGCACCUACCGAUUGCAGUACAAUUAAAAAAUGGUUAACGAAAUGUGCGGAUGAUUCGGAGACGGCGAAUUACAUUAGUGCUCAUACCAAAGAUUGUCCAAAAUGUCAUAUCUGCAUAGAGAAGAACGGUGGCUGCAAUCAUAUGCAAUGUUACAAUUGUAAGCAUGAUUUCUGCUGGAUGUGCCUUGGAGAUUGGAAAGCACAUGGUAGCGAAUAUUACGAAUGCUCGCGUUACAAGGAGAAUCCAAAUAUCGCGCAUGAGAGUGUUCACGCACAAGCGAGAGAAGCUCUUAAAAAGUACCUUCACUAUUAUGAGCGAUGGGAGAAUCAUAGCAAAUCAUUAAAGUUGGAGGAACAAACGUUAGAAGGAAUUAAAAUGAGAAUUAAUAAUAAAGUGAUGAAAGCUAGUGGUACAUGGAUAGAUUGGCAACAUCUAUUUGAGGCGGCGUCGCUUUUAGCGCGUUGUCGUUAUACUUUACAGUACACGUACCCGUAUGCCUAUUACAUGGAAUCUGGUCCGCGCAAAGAACUGUUUGAAUAUCAACAAGCUCAAUUAGAAGCAGAAAUAGAGAAUCUCUCGUGGAAGAUUGAACGAGCGGAAACAACAGAUCGAGGAGAUUUAGAAAAUCAAAUGGACAUUGCAGAAAAGCGUCGUGUCACUUUAUUGAAGGAUUUCCUCGAGUAAGACAAUGUGGGAUGCGACUGUAAAGACUAAAAGGAUGUGAUUUUGUCUGAGUAUUAUCAGUACAGGAAAUAAUUUAGCAGCGCCAUGUCCUCAAUUAUUGUUUGAAUCUGAUAUGACAUAGAGAUUAUAACGAUAUCAUAUAUAUAUAUAGUAGUAUUGGUUUCAAGUUAAAGACGAAUUUUUUCACGUUUUACCAAAAUAAUCUUUAGGGUAAUUUGGCUUAUGCGGCGACAAGGACUAGACUUUACUUAAAUUCCAAAAAUAUUAUUAUCAUGACGAAAUCGAUAAGGAAAGUAUUAACCGUAUCGACGACUGAUUUAUCAAUGAUAAAUUCGAUGAUGAAAGCG